AUGGCCGCGGCCUCCGCUGCCGCUGCCCCGCACAGGUCCCCCAUGCGCCCGCACCUGCAAGUCGCAGCAGCAGAAACGGCAGCAGAAGCAGGGUUCAGGGAGGAAGCAAGAAACUAUGAUAGCAGCGUGGCCACCUUCGAAAUCUCAUCCUCUCCCGCUACAGCCUACGAUGAAACAGUCUGUGACGAUGACGAUUGCGGCUCCCCAGGGCCACUUUGUGUAGGUUUUGUGUUGCUGCUGCUGCGGUGUGGCAUACUGGGUGCCCUGGUGGCUAUACACCCUUCCUUAUUCUCCUUUUCAGAUGCUGGGGGUGCAGCAACGUGGCUUGUGGCUGCUGCUACCGUCACCGCUUACUUCGUAGCUGCAAGCACAGAUCCUGGCGUGUUGCGCUAUUGUCCCUCGCUGCUGCUGCCUCCGGAGCAGCGGCAGAUGCUAAAACGCCGCCGCAGCAGCAACAGCAGUCGGUUACGGCGCUUUGAACUCGAGGACGACGACAGCUGGGAAAGCAGCAGCAGUAACUGCAGCACAAAAGAAAGCUGCUACUACACAAAGGCGGCGACAGAAGCAGCUGCGGCAGCAGCAGCAGGAGCAGCAGUAGCACGGGGUCGGCAGCAGCGCUGGCAACGAACUACGCCAAAGGGAGUUCGACAGCUUCCCCGUUUCUUCAGGAGGCGCCGAAAGGACUAUGAGGCCCCUCGUCAACUCAGCAGCAGCAGCUUCAGCAGCGGCAGCGACGGCCAUGAUAACUCUUUACGGGUGACCGGCAGACUCACCGCUGCUCCUCGCGGCCGCAACAGCAGCAGCAGUAACCAAAGUAUCAGCAGCAGCGGGAGCUUGGACAUUUUUUGUGAAGAAGAAACAAAUGGAGACUUGCCUGUGCUUCCUCGUACGCGCAGUAGUAGCAGCAGCAGCAGCCACAGCACGCGUGUGCCCGCACCGCCAGUAGCCUGUGGCAGUGCUAAAUUUCUGAGCCUCUCGCAGCCAGCGGAGCCACCGACGACAAUGCAGGAUCAACACGAAGAGCCGCGAGAUGAGCAGCUGCAGCAGCAGACACUACCGCAGCAACAGCGCUUUCGGCAAGAGCAACAUUUUGGGGCGCCGUUACUUAAAAGCUCGAGCGACGAAGACAGAACAGCGAUCACUGGAGUGUCGCUGAUGCCGUACUCUCUGGUGCAGCAGCAGCUGCCGCAGCAGCGACAGCGGAAACGACGGGAGAACAGCCCCUUACCUGUCGUUUCUCGAAAUGGGGCCUCAGCGAUGCCCCCCGACGAAAGUCAUACGCAGUGGGAGAAGGAGGACCAGCAGCAGCAGCAAAUGCAGGGGCAGCAGCAGCAGAAGGGACUGCGGGGACAGAAGAAGCAACGACUUUCCGCUGCAUCUAUUUGCGGCGUGCCUGCUGACAUUUGGCCACCGGGGGGACCCCAUGGGGCGUCGCUUCGUCAGGUGUACGUAAGUUGCAACAAUGUGCUUCACUUCGACUCCAGAAGGAGCAGGAAGAGGCAGCAGAGCCGGCGGGGCUACAGGGCAACCCGAAGAAGGCAUCCCGCUGAGUGCAGCAGCAGAAGCAGCAGCAGGGGAGGAAGCAGCGGUGAUAGCGAAAGUGACAGCAGCAGCAACGGAGAGGAGCCGACUUCUGGUAGACGCAGAAAUAGGUUCGGCAGUGGCGCACACCACGUGCCUCAGGAAAGUCAAACAGUAGCGGCAGCCGCUGCUGCAGCCGCUGCCGCAGCGGCGGACACAGCACAGAUGGAGGCACAGAAGAAGCUCCGGGAGCAGAGCAGACGCCAGCGCCAGAUAGCCGCAGAAGCAGCAGGGGCGACAGCAGCCUACGACCAUGCAGCAGCAGCUCCUGAUGUUUCCAUUCAUGUUCAGGGACCACAGAGUGGUCGACAGGAUGCCAGUAGACCAACAGAAGCAGCUGCUGCUGCCAGUACAUCAGGUGUCCCUGCACCAGACAUUGCCAUGGCAGCAUCCAUGGCAGACGACCUUGAAGCCGCUCUUCCGCACAGUUCACAGAAGCACCAGCAGGAAUGGGAGGUGGUGCAGCUGAGCCAAGCAAAGCCUUCAGAUUCUUCAUAUGUCCCAACGUCUACAGCAUCUACGACAGUGACUGAAGCAACAACAACAGCGGCGACUACUACGGUUGCUGCCGUCCCUUUUUCUGUUAGGAAAAGACAGUUGUGUCAAUAUGGAGUGAGGCUGCGUUUCUGUGAUCGGUGCUGCAUGUAUCAGCCGUUGAGGACAAAGCACUGCGCGGACUGCGGCGUCUGCAUUCGCACCCACGACCAUCACUGCCCUUGGAUCGGUCUGCUACUGGCAUUUAACGUCUUUCACAGGCGAAAUUAG